AUGUGGUUAGGUGAUAUACCUACCGAAUUGCAAGGGUUGACGAUUCCAGAAGAAAAAUUAAUAUCACUCUAUCGUCACAAUAGCUGUAUAAUAAAACUUCAAUCACCGUUUCAUUCAACUAAAACUGCUCAAACAGCAUUGAAAGGAAAUUGUAUUACCUUCCUUCAAAAUGUACCAAAUAUUGUCAAUAGUUUACCACUUACACUUGCUGAUCUUUGUGAUACACUUAAAGUAAUUUUUAUUGGAGCUCGGCCACCUGAUCGUCUUCAUCUUAAAAAAGUUUUAACAGUACGGAAGAAGAGAAUUGUUCAGGCAUUACAAUGGCUAAAAAAAUAUAAUAUACUUUAUCAAAACAUCAACAUAAAUCUUGAAAAUAUUGCUGAAUUACUAGAAGAUGAUGUACCCGAAUGCAUCAUGUCAACUUUAGAACAAAAGAUAGGUGAUGAAGAAGGUCAAUCUGAAAGAACUGGAUCUGUUCCUGAUCCAUUAAUGAAUCCAAAAGAAUGCACUACUGCAGAUGUCAUACCUAUCAGUAACAGUGGUGUUCUUGAUGUUAACGGCUCAUCAGUAUCAUCAGAUGAGAUUGUUAAUUACUUUUUACACAAAAUAAAAACAAAUGAUCAAGAAGUUACUGAAAACGUUUACUUAAUUCCACAUUCAUCGAAACCUGUCAAUGAAUAUUUCAAUCCAAAAUUAUUAACUGGUUUAUAUCCAACUUUAUUCUGUUAUGGACGAGGAGCACCUGAAGAUCAAUCACGUCCAAUUGAAAUCAAAUUUAAAGAACAUAUACGUUAUCUAUUAUCUUACAAUGAUCGUCGCUUUGAAACAAAUCAUAGUUUCAUAUUUGUAGUUUUUAACUUAUUACAACGACGUGAUGCUUGUUUUCAUGCUCAAUUAAUCGCAACAAAACCUUAUUUUCAAGCAUCAGCUAAUGAAAUUCAAUCAAUUAAUAGCAAAGAUAUUGAAAUGGCUCUGGAUAACAAUUUCAAAAGAACAUACAAUACAGAAGCAAAUAGUGCAUUAAAUAAACUUCUACGACAUAUUAAAACUGUCGGUGGCCGAGUUAUGGGAUCAACAUAUUCAAGAACAGCUUUACGUACUCGUAUACAUGCACUUAUUUUUAAUCAAGGUUUACCUAGUAUAUUUCUUACAAUAAAUCCAGCCGAUAUUCAUAGUCCUGUAGCAUUAUAUUUUGCUGGUGUUCAACUCAAUCUUGAUAAAAUUCAAAAUGAACAACUUAUGGACACUUAUAGAAGAGCUGAAAUUAUAGCAUCUCAUCCAGUUGCUACUGCCAAAUUUUUCCAUGUAUUGAUCAGCAAUAUCUUAGAUAGUAUGAUAAUGGGUGGAGUUCUUGGACCAGUAAAGGCUUACUUCGGUACUGUUGAGAGUCAAGGUCGAGGUUCACUUCAUUUACAUCUUCUUAUUUGGCUUGAUCAUGACAUGAAACCAGCUGAUAUGAAAGAAAAAAUUCAAGAUGCCACCUUUCGUAAUAAGUUGAAAGCAUAUUUAGAAGAUAUUAUCAAAGACGAUUUAGAUGAUUUCAAAGAUAAACAAGUGAUCGAAUCUUCUAAUGGUAUGAAAUAUGUUUAUCUUAUUCCACCAUCCAUUUUUUCUUUAUUUAUAAUAGGACCGGAGUCAUUAAACACUUCCGCCCAAUUAUCACAAAACAAUAUUUACACCGCUUUACGUACUAUUGAUCUGACAGGCUUCACGGAAAAUACUCAUCAAUCGCCUACUUUGUCAACACCGGCCAAACAACAUCUAUCUUCUUUAUCAAUUCCUUACAAGUCUCCGUCGAUUCUAUUUGGAUCACCAUCAAUUCCUUAUAGAUCUCCAGUAUCGAGUCCAUUAGUACAAACACCAACACUUGUUGGAGCUGUAUUCGCCUGCUUACCCACUCCAAAUCCAUCAUCGCCUAAUUUUAAAUCAAGAUUUCGUGCACAUGUAGUACAAGUUGUUGAAUCGGGCAAU